AUGCCAGGGUUGGAUAUGAUUUUCGGGAAAGGUGCUUUGGAACAGAUGUUGCCUUCGGAGCCUCCAAAAAUCGAAUUUCCUGCGCCUUCGACGGCUGAGGCGUCGAUUGAAGAGCAAGCCCGUGCGGCUAAGAAAGUCAAAGUAGCUACUUUCGGCAGACCUUGUUUCGUAGGCUGUGUUAACUUCAAGAAUCAAGCGUCAGAUGCCGAGCUUGAAGCGGCUGCAUGGCAAAGGUCCCUUGAAAAGUGGCAUUUCUUGUUGACUCUUGAUUCCUCUGUCUCCUUGGUCGGUUCGUCUCUUGCCGGGAUGAGCCAGGCAGAAGGUAUGCAGGCACUGCGAGAACUCUUUGGAAGGAAGAAAGAAGCAACGGUGAAGAAGCGUGCUGCUUCAAUGCUCAAGUAUGCAAAGUACUUGCAGGAGCACAGGCCCUUUGCCUCGCCCUUUCCUUUCAGUACCGAGAAGUCUGACGAGUAUAUAAGGCACUUGCGGUCUAUCAAGGCAAAGGCUGGCACGAUUGAUUCCUUCACGGAGGCAGUAAGGUUCUCCAUUCAUGUGGUUGGCAUUAGUUGUGCAGGAGAAGCAUCCAAGCUCUUCAGCCCGUGGUCUAUUGGACUCAGGGGCCUCAUGCAAUCGCAGAAGCCGGAGCGUGUUUCAGCCCUGGGCUUGACUGUGGACCAGGUAGCUUUUCUUGAAUUUUGCCUUGAUGAUGCUGAAUUGGACCUGCAGGACCGAUAUGCAAGCGGGGCUUUCUUGUUUUGCACUUUCAGCAGAAGCCGCAUCAGUGAUGUAAAGAAGGUUCGCAACUUCAUCAUUGAUACUGUCGUUGCAGGGUCCGAUGUUCAGGGAUACCUUGAGUGCGCCACCAGGGCACAUAAGACAUCCAACCAGGCGGCAGUGCAAGGAGUGUCAAUGCCUCUAGUGGCUCCCAUAUGCGGUGUGCGGCAUGAGCCUUGGGGGCCGAAAUUCGUGGCAGUCGCCGAGGCUGCAGGCUUGCCGUUGAGUCCUGACAUGGACCGCGGCUGGAGUGAGCGAGCAGUAACGACUGACGAGGCCGGUGGCUGGCUUCGGGCUUUGCUUAGCCGAGGGAAUAAGUGCACUGAUGGUGUGACCGGUCAUUCACUCAAAACGACCACGCUUGAUUGGUGCGGUAAGUUUGGUGUCAAUGAAACUGCCCAGACACUGCUGGGCCAUCAUGCGCUCAAAGGUUCUGCCAUGUAUGCAUACAUGCGAGACAAGCUUGCUGCUCCCUUAAGAAUCUAUGAACGUAUGCUCAGAGCAAUCAGAGACAGCUUGUUCAUUCCUGACGCCACAAGAUCGGGUCUUAUCAGGAAGGACCCCCUUCCUGCAGAAAGCUCCUUGGGCGAGCCGAACAGUGACCAGUCGUGGCAGCAUGUUGAGCCCAUGCAACCUGGAAUUGGUGAGCCUGGAAUCUUUGGAGUGUUGGAGUCUGAAGGGGAAGACAAGCACUACCGUGCGGCGGCGCUGACUCCUGAGGAAGCGGCUGAAUCAGUCCUCGAUGAUGCCUUUCAGGACGACGGCCCGGAGCCCUCGCAGGCAGGUGACGGUGAGGAGCAUUCGUCAUCGUCCUCAUCUAGUGAGUCCGAAAGUUCUGAAGACCCAGAAGGCUCUGACUGGGUAGACAAUUUGAAAGACACGUUUGACUGUACAGUUGAGAAGUCCAAUCUUGCUGAGCUUGAUUUUGUGUAUUGGAGACAUGAUAAAACAAUGACCAUUCAUACGGUUGCUGUUGGUUCUACGGGUGAGACGUUCACCUGUGGGCGGAAGCGAACGCCUGACUAUUCCAGGAUCACGCGAACGGUUUUGAGCGGCCUGCGAAGGGGCGUGAACAAUGUACAAGUGCUGCGUCCUGCCGUGGGCAAGUGCUUCAUGGGUGAUUUGGUGAGCGAAGUGCUUCUUGUGAUAAGGUUUUCUCUCGAGCCCGCUUUGUAUCAGGUUGAACUAGCCAUGGCUGGCGUCCCUGCUGCGACCUCUUUCACUGAGUCGAAGCCGGCUUUUGUAAAAAGGGCCUUAGAAGUGGGGUUGGCCCAGCCAGAGGUUGACCACUUGGUCGCGAAGCAUGUGGAUACGCUAUCCAAGCUCGCGUUUGUGCUAGUCCCUCCUGGAAAGGUGCCGGAGGAUGACGCUGUCACAGCCCUGCUCCCAGCCGGGACCAGUCAAGGGGCUAUUGCAGGCCUAAAACGACUCCUCUUCGAAGCUCAUACCUUGAUUGUUUCUGCUCUUAAGCAAAGGGUGGAGCGAACGGAUGACAGUCUGCCAGCAUCUCUGGAUGUCGCCGAGCGUGAAGACAGGCUGACUAGCCAAAAAGCCCGUCUCGGGGGAUUGACCUUUCAGGCCGAAGAGGAGGUUGCCCAUGGGGCGUACGACAUUGUCUUCGCCAUGGCCCAGAAAAACGAGCUGGUGUGGCUGGCUCCCGAAAAGUUCGGAACCCGUCGAGCGGAGAUCAGCUCUACGAAGAAUCAGAAAGAGCUUGUCAUUGACGGCACAGGUGUUGCCGUCAAGGAAAAGGUUCAAUCCAUUCAAUGCGCAAUCAACAGCGAUCUUGACCUGGUGUUAGCCCUCAGGCGCAGAGCCUUGGCCUUUGAUCUCGUUGGCAUUUUGACGUUUGAUGUUGCCAAUCGGUACCAUCAAGCACUGGUACAGCGGCUUCGGGAAUCUCCGCCUCCUGACUAUGCAAAAGUCUCCCUCGCCCAGGUUAUCCGAGCUGACCGUGCCGCCUUCUUAAAGAUGGCAGAGACUUUGACAACACUUCGCAGGAGUGGCAGUGGUGUUUUGCCGCUUGAUUCGAUGCUGCCAAACAUUUUGCUAGACCCAAGCGUUGCUUAUCAUCUGUUGCCUUUGCAUGCAGGUAGCUCGUCCAGUGGCAGUAAGGCCGAUAAUCAUACGACUGGCACGCCGCCGCCACCCAAGCGGCCAUUCGCUCCGAAUCCGCGUCAGCCCAAACGGCCGACCAAGCGCACAAACUUUUCUGUGCCAAAAGAGUUGAUUGGCAAGACCCACCAGACUCCUAAGGGUCAUCGCUUGUGUUGGGGUUUCAACUUGCCGUGCGGUUGCCAGGAUGCCAAGCCCGGAGGUAAGUGUGCAAAGGGCCUCCACCUGUGUGCUGAGCCGGGCUGUCUCAAGCCCCAUAGCAUGCAGAAUCACUCGUGA